UUACGUGCAUAUAUGCGCAUAGUAUAUUGGAGAAAGGUUAAAAUGUCUUUUUAAAUUCUGAGCAACGUAAUACUUGUGACAAUACAUGCCACCUUUAGUUAUGUCCAGUCCAUCGUCAACCCUUGUUUGAUUUUAAUAGUUAGUCAAUUGCGCGCACUCUGAGCAUUAAGAAAUGAUCUGUAUUAUGGAUUGACUGUUUCCAGAUUGACUGCUAUAAUUGAAACUAAAGCUUCCCUUCAUCCAAAUGAUCACAUUCAAUACUGAGGCAUCCUUAUGGUACAGUCUUUUUAUUAGCAUUUUUACUGCAUGCUUGCGACUUUCAAAAUGUCUACGAUGCAUAGUCUACUAAUGACACAAAUACAAUACAUUUCAUGAUGACUUCUGUUUGGACACAGUCAAGUGUCUGGCGUGGCGUGGCUGUGAAACGGUGGUGCUGGAAAUAUUUUCUUGUUGUCCUGCCCCCACCUUUCUGACUCUCCUCCAGUACGCUCCUCAGCUGUUAGGAGUCAGUCUGGAAUCCAAAGUCAUUUUCAUUCAGUUGAGGGAAUGACUUCUCCUCUGGAAUGCGUCAGCAACAAAGAGUUUACAGCACACGAGAUGGCCCCCACAGGACACGGAUAGCUCCAGUGCGGAUACAGCCGCAAUUUCCGAAUAAUAGCCUGCUAUUUAGUGCACUUCGGGCUGUUCAGGCCAACGGCCAGCAGACCUGUAUAGAAAGUAGCUGUCUAGGUUUCCUGUGAUGAAACAUGUCGAAUUCUAAUCUCCAGCUAAUGGCGCGCUAGCCUGCUGGGACUGACCACUAGUCAUUGGACUGCAGUCUUGCACCACCCAUUGUCACUUUUUCCACAUUGUAUGAGCCUAGAAUUUGGGAACAGUAUUGUUUAGACUUAAUAAUUCCCCUCAUGGAUGGACAAACAUAGCCUGCUGUGGAUGACAAGCAAACAAAAUCCAGAACGCCGAAACGCGCCUGUGUAAUAAAGAAACCUAAGCAUGGUGCGACCUUUUUUCAUUUUUUAGUUUUACAAUAUUUUGGUCAGCACCCUUAAAAAGGAAGAGAAAAACUGUUGGGUGGCGCCUGCAUGCGCAAAAGCCAUGGCGUGCUGUUACCAGAAAUUAACAUCACUUAUCAGUCGUCAUAGCAAUCAGAUGUCCAUUACUUUUGUGUUUGUGUUAUGGACAUAAUCCGCAGAUAUAGACGUAUUAUGCACAACAAGUUGAAGUGGCAUUGAAAAGGCGCUUUGAAUACAGGUUAUACCACGUCUAAUUCAGAUAUGCAUUUUCACGUGCAAUGCAUGUUGGAAACAGUUCAACGGUACUUUUUAAUUUUGUCAGAAGACUAACCUAGGAGUUUAAAACAGAUGCCAGAAAUAGCCUACUUGGGUUGAAUAGAAAAUAAUAUGUAAAAUAAAUAUGCUACGUGUGGGCCUACUGGGAAAUUAUACAGCUACGCAAAAUGUAGUCCCUUAAAAUGUAGUAUAUAUAUACCAAUUGAUUGUAGGCCGUACACCAGUUGGUUGUUUGGGCACGACCUGUGCAGGGUCACCAGGGUGCGCAGGGUGUACUAUUUUAAUAUAACAUGAAUACACACACACACACACACACACACACACACACACACACACACACACACACACACACACACACACACACACACACACACACACACACACACACACACACACACAUAUAUUACAUCAGCUACACGAAACAAUUUCAGGCACAAUGUACAAUGCGUCAGACACAGUGUGCAAUGCGUACGCUUGAACACUGGGUACUAUUGAAUAAUAGCUCUUAUCGUUAGCUUAUUGCAUAAAAAUAUUCUGUUAAGCUUAUAUAUGCUCUGGUCAUUUCAUGUUCUCACUGCCUGAUGUCAAUUUUCUUGUACAGUUUGAAGUUAACUGUUUAUAUUUGCCAGGAUAAGGUGUAAGAUAGGCUAUCCUCCACCCAUUAGGAAAAUUCAGUUUUAAUGUUCGCAUGCAAAAUGUUUGCUACUCGCGUGCGUAAGGUCACAUGGCAGCACAUUUAAUAUAGAAAAAGCACCAAGAAAUAUCUUCUUUCUGUGUCUUUCUGUACGUCAAGACAAAUAUUACAGACAUUACAGACAUCAUGUGUGCAUCAAACGAACAUGGGAAGCGUGGACUUUCAUGUCCAUGGCCUGACUAACUAAAAAUUGAGCUCAAUAUUGAACUAUGACCAGACAGUAUGAACAGACCGUCCAGAUGACACAAAGAAUUCUCACCAGCUAUAACCCUAUCCUGUAUUUGAUGUGCGUAUGCAAACGAUUGCUUUAUUUUUAUUGGCCCACCGUCUACGUUUUAUUGUACGUCAAAACGUUUUGUAAAUAAACUAGUAGGCCUACCUUCAAUGUUGGAUGGAGAUUUUAAAAAUAUAUAUAUUUUUUUUACAUUUUCAGUGUGAGUCAGUGGAAUCAAUGACAUUUUUGUACACUGCUGGUUUCCUAUUGUAGUUACCUCUUAGUGCAACUAAAGUCCAUGCUGUCGGCCUUACUGCUCAGGCGGCCAUGGGUUCUACCUUGCUAUUCCGUAUGAAUGCGGAACGCCAAGGAAUCCCUAAAUUGCAUAAAUAUGUCAAACUUAAACUUAGGAUCACCCCGUGUUAUUACAAUAUCGUAUUUCCUUUCAUUUGCGUAUAAUUAGCUUUAUGGAUGCUUCGCGGUUUACACUGGACAAUGACUGCUUUUAAAUAGCAAGAAUAAAUUCAGACUUGACAUUGUUUACAUUCAAAAUAAAUAAAGAUACAACCAGACACCGGUAGUAUCAAAUAUGGGGCCUGUUGUACGAAGUAUUUAGUGGAACAGAAAAAUAUAUAAGGAUUUGUGUAUUGUGCGCAAUGCAUAAAGUGCACUCAAAUCAUUCAAAGCAAUGUCAGAGGUAAGAAACAAUAUAAAUAUAGCAUAUAGGCCUGGGUAUUAGGUUUUAUUACACUCUCUGUCAAUUAAUACGACACAUAUUGAGCCCAAAACUUAUUUAGUGCGUUUUGAAUAAAUAUAGUGUUAAAGGCUCCAUGCGAAAGAUAUAGGCCUAUUGAAAUACCAAAAUAGAGGGUAAAUCAAACUCUAAAUAUAUACAGUGAAUGCAACCAUCACUAGAAGUGAACACUGAAACUAGUUGUUGUGAUUUGUUUUGAAGUUGUGCAAUGUAGGCCUAUUGAAUGUCAGUAACAUUUGUGUUCAAGGGAAUGCUGUGUAGACUCUUUUGGAGACAAAAGUCUUAUGCUUAUGGAUAAUGGCUUUGCUAUCUCGUAGAAGUCACCGUGCAGUCUUUGAUUUCAUUGUGAAUGUGUAUAGAUUCCAAAUUGAAUAUAAGGGUUCUGUAAUGAGUAGGUUAACUAUGUGUUUGCGCUUAACACUAACACUUAACAUUGCGUUACGCAUGGUGUUAUUUGGAAACCAUCGUAACGUAACCAAGAUCCCCUACGUAAGCGCAAUAAUAAUGCCUAAUACUAAAGCCGGUGACAACAUGCACCUUGUAAUUUAAAUGACUAAGAUGGUUACACGUUCUUGACUUAGAUCAUUAGACUUUCUUUAGCUUAAAUGUGUCUGGGUGUUGAAUGCUUUUGGGAUUUUUUUUUUUGUAAGAAGGCUGACCCCCAGUGGUCGUUUCGAUGCAGGGCCUACACAACUGACAAUGACAGCAGACAGUGUCUACUCCCCAUGCAAUGCCAAGUGUCAAUAUCAUAUCCGCAAAGUACAAACCCAUGACUCAAAACGUGUUUUAUUACAUAUGGGAACACUUGUUUAUUGCUGAUGUAAAUAGUCUAGCAUUUAUUACAAAGAAAAAUGCACACUGAAAGCUUCAAUUUAUUCGUGUUUGUCUCGAGGCCUAUGGUCGCCUUCGCAUUGGCAUUCCCACCACCGACGUCAAGUAGCCAAGCUUUAGAGUGGGAUUCUUUUUGUAUCCAUCCUUGUCAUGUUAACCCCAAAACAAAUAAAUCGCUUGCAAGUCCGAAAAAUUGACACAUUUCCAGUUUUAAUCUGCGCCCCUCCUGUGGCCACAAGAUCUGUGACUCUGCUGCCGGCAAAGUGUAAAAAUAAAAUAAUCAUACACAAGCAUUACAAACUAUCUUUUAUUCCACUCAUAAGUCACAAAGCAGACAUUUUACAUAUACAAAAUAUUUAAUUGAGAAAAUGUGUAAGUUGUAAUUACAUGUGUAACUGAAGACCUGGAGCAUAAUCGGCCCGACUAUAUUUGAGAGAAUAUAAAUAGUCUAUUAAAAUAGUUAGGCCUAAUGAAAACUCCAUAGCUUAUAAACUCCACCCUGUCGCUAACCCAAAUUUAAAUUACCAAUGUCUAAGAGGGAUAUUUACAGAGUGUAUAGGGCUGAAUGUGAUUAGAAAUCUGGACAUCUCGGCUUCGUUAAAAUGCUUUUUUUCUUUCAUCUGUGUAAUCCUCCCUGCUACACAAGUUGCCUUCUCCAUCACCGUGUGAUGGGACCUGUUUCACAAGCCUCGUGUUGGUUUUAUGCUAUACUGAGAACUACACUGCAGUUUUAUUAACGACACGUUUAUGAACAAUCAAAUGGUCCUCGUAAAAAUUUAUUGAAGGACAUAAAAGCAUGCACGGCCACUUGCCGAAUAUAGCUGCUGCACUGAAUACGUCUGUGAGGAUAUCUGGUAUUCCCACCUCCCCGAUUUUGAAAAGGAUCUUUUUUUUAAACAAGGGAUGUCCUACUUGUGUUUAUUUGUGAGUCAUGGAAACCAUAAUUCCAAAGUGUUUAAGAGUCACAGCAAGCAAACAAAGCGUUGGGAAGCUUAGAGGGCAACAUACUUUGUCCACUUUAAAGGGCGGAGAAUCAGACACACUAUAAAUGCCAGUUAAGGACAAAAAGAAUACCGCCUAAGUGAUAAAAUGGGAUUUUAACAUGUAACCUUGUUAUUAGGGUACUGACGCAGUCAGCGAGUUCCACUGCUGAACCAGACUCGACAAGAUUGAUUACAUCAAAAAAUAGUGCCUUUACGUGAUGUCAAACGUACCUCGUGCAGCGACACUGCUUCUCACAUAUACUUUACCAAAUAGAGUGGCAAGACCAAAUGAAUGAUAUCGGUUAUUUUUAUCCUGCUGUCCCUUAGAAAGAAAUCUUUAAACCACCAUACUGCGUUUCCAAAGUGCAGUUCUAUCCCAGGACAUGUCGCGCAUUGAUCCACUGUGCAUUUUUUGUGAGGGUAAAUAUAAUCACGUGUUUCCCAGUCAGCCAAUAGGCGGCGGAGAAGGUUUGAGAAAUAAUUACCUGGCUUGAUUGUUCUAUGGGUAGAUAAAAAAGUACACAUAGCCUACAGCCCAUAUAAUAAUCGGAUGCAUGUAAAAGGGAGGGGAAGGAACAUGUCGACCACGGGUCCCAUUGCUAAUUACUAUGUGGAUUCUUUGAUAAGCCAUGAGAACGAAGAUGUGUUGUCGACUCGCUAUUCCUCUGCUGGUUCGCUUCCCUCUGGUCCCCGCUCGACAACUCUGGUGGCGGAGUGUGGAGACUAUCCUUCCUGCAGCUUUGCUCCGAAACCACCCGUCUUCACUACCUCUUGGGCCCCUGUGCACUCCCAGUCUUCAGUGGUCUACCACCCAUACACUCACCAGCCUCACUUGGGAACGGACUCGCGGUACGUGCGCUCGUGGCUGGAGCCCAUUCCCACUGCAGUCUCCUUCCCAGGCUACCCGGCCAACAGUCGGCAUUAUGGGCUGAAGCCCGACGCUUUUCAAGAACACAGAGCAGGCGAUUGUUUGGCCACCAACGGACGCACCUAUUCGGAAUAUCUGUAUUGCUCCUCAUCAGACAUCCGAGAGAAAACCCAGCAGCACAACCCAACGAUCGACACCGAGGUCAUUUCUUCCGGAAAGGAAAAGGACGAGAAAUCAGAAAUAGACCCGAAUAACCCUGUGGCCAAUUGGAUCCACGCAAGAUCCACCAGGAAAAAAAGAUGUCCUUACUCCAAAUAUCAAACAUUGGAACUAGAAAAAGAAUUUCUCUUCAACAUGUAUCUCACCAGAGACCGGCGCUAUGAGGUGGCCCGGGUACUAAACCUGACAGAGAGACAGGUUAAAAUCUGGUUUCAAAACCGAAGAAUGAAGAUGAAAAAAAUGAAUAAAGAGAAAUCAGACAACAACAAGGAACAAUAACACAACUGUCAAAUAAACGCCACCAGAGUGCACUCUAUCCAAACGCGUAGGCCUACAUAUUGAGGAACGGUGGCAGAAAUCGUCUUAUGCAGAUAACAGCUAUUCAUUCCUGUGCCCGGACUGAGUUGAAAAGACUGAUAUAGUAUCGUUUAGUUUUGUGUUUUUUCCCCUUCUUUUUUUCAAUUUUUGUGGAGCAAUCCCCUGCUCGAUUCAUUACCAGUGGUGAAAUGUUGCGUGCUUAAGCUAGAGGAGGCCCUUUUCGCCAUGGGAUUACGAAUAUCUUCAAGAAGCCUAACGAAACAGGCCGGAGAAGAGAUGCCUCGAAGUAUAAAGAAAGUACUUGAACUGCAGUCUAUUUUUAUUUUGUAAUUUAUGAUUUUCAGAACAUCACAUCUGUUUUGUUUUUGUUUAUUUGUCUGGUUGUUUGGCAGGUGGAUGAGUGAGGAAUUUUGUACAGAAAAUUAUAGUGGCUUUCCUCCAAAUAACCUAUGUGCUAAUGUAUUCGUGUUGGUGUAGAUUUUCAAUGUACUACCAGUGGAUCGUUUUGUUGUAAAAUUUUGUUUCCCUUCUCUGUUAAACAAUAUAUGACUAAAAUCAAAUAUUUCACUGUGUUCAAUGUUGUUGAUUUAGUCCGCAUUGUUUGAUCUGAUGGUUGGAUGAAUUUCGUCCCUGUGCCACUUAUUUCUGGGUUAAUAAAUCGGGGUAAGAUUUUAAAAGGGUUUAUUGAAAAUCACCAAGAUGGUUAAACUCACAACCACAAAUAGGCCUAUACAAUCCACGCUUAAGGUUUUAGAAAUUGCCUACUUUUUGCCGUAUACCAUUACAACAGUCAAUAGUUUCAGCAAUAUGUGUUUAAUAUUUAUUUUGUCUAUUUUCACCAUAAAGCAUAAAGAUAAGCUGAUUUUACUGCGCUACACAGAAGUUAACGUAUUAAGAUAUUUGGGCUUCCCUAUCCACCUGUCUAGACCAAGCUUUGCAUUUGUAGUUAGCCUUCUUCACAUUUUAUUUUAGAUAUCCAAUACGGUUCGCUGGUGUUCGAAGUGUAGGCCUAUAACUAUUUUAUACAAGUUUAUAAGUAGCCUAUAACUAAACCGAAGGCGUAAAGCUAGCUGUAGCCUGUUCCCAGUUUUAGAAUUAAAAGAACACGCACAGGCCUGCCCAGACCCUUAACAUUGUAGAAGUGUGUGAGUGUUACAUGGUCUAAGUCUGCUUCAGUGAAAUUAUUUUAAAGGCAAUGAUAGGCAAAGACCACUGUGCCGUGGGAACGUUCACACUUUCUGGAUAGCUACAUAAUUUUCCACACAUGUCUAUGGUUCG